AGAGCUGCGUUAGAUAUUUCUAAACAUGUUGGGAAGUGAGAAAACUCUGACCUGUGCACCUUGUAAUAACAAUGUAGGGUUCCUGCAAAGGACCAACAGCCUGGAAGACAAGGGCCGGAUCGUCAGCUCCCUGAAGGAAAGGCAGUCCUCCAAGAGCCUGCUGGCAUGCGAGAACAGCGAGAAGGAAUCCAGGUUCCGGCGCACCGAGACAGACUUCUCCAAUUUGUAUGCCAGAGAUUUGCUGCCCGCCAAGAAUGGCGAGGAGCAGACCAUGCAGUUCCUGCUGGAGGUCGUGGACAUCCUCCUCAACUACGUGAGGAAGACAUUUGACAGAUCCACCAAAGUGCUGGACUUCCACCACCCGCACCAGCUCCUGGAGGGCAUGGAGGGCUUCAACCUGGAGCUCUCAGACAACCCCGAGUCCCUGGAGCAGAUCCUGGUGGACUGCCGGGACACGCUGAAGUACGGAGUGAGGACAGGUCAUCCUCGCUUUUUCAACCAGCUGUCCACAGGACUGGACAUUAUUGGUUUGGCUGGGGAGUGGCUGACAUCAACCGCUAAUACAAACAUGUUUACCUAUGAAAUUGCCCCUGUUUUUGUUCUCAUGGAACAAAUAACACUUCGAAAGAUGAGAGAGAUUAUUGGAUGGUCAAAUAAAGAUGGUGAUGGAAUAUUCUCACCUGGAGGAGCCAUCUCCAACAUGUACAGCAUAAUGGCUGCACGCUACAAGUAUUUCCCUGAAGUCAAAACCAAAGGCAUGGCUGCAGUCCCUAAACUGAUUCUCUUUACCUCGGAACAUAGUCACUACUCAAUAAAGAAAGCUGGAGCUGCACUUGGAUUUGGAACAGACAAUGUGAUUUUGAUAAAAUGCAAUGAAAGAGGCAAAAUAAUACCAGCUGAUUUGGAGGCAAAAAUUUUGGAAGCAAAACAAAAGGGAUACAGUCCUCUUUUUGUAAAUGCAACUGCAGGCACAACAGUAUAUGGAGCCUUUGAUCCAAUACAGGAGAUUGCAGAUAUAUGUGAAAAAUACAACCUCUGGCUCCAUGUAGAUGCUGCCUGGGGAGGUGGACUUCUAAUGUCCCGAAAGCAUCGUCAUAAAUUGAAUGGAAUAGAAAGAGCCAACUCAGUCACUUGGAAUCCACAUAAGAUGAUGGGAGUGUUGUUACAAUGUUCUGCCAUUCUUGUCCGGGAGAAGGGUAUACUUCAAGGCUGCAAUCAAAUGUGUGCAGGCUAUCUCUUCCAGCAAGACAAACAAUAUGAUGUAUCCUAUGACACUGGAGAUAAGGCAAUACAAUGUGGUCGACAUGUGGACAUUUUCAAAUUCUGGUUGAUGUGGAAGGCAAAGGGUACAGUAGGAUUUGAAAAUCAGAUCAACAAAUGCCUGGAGCUGGCAGAAUAUCUCUACACUAAAAUCAAAAACAGAGAAGAAUUUGAGAUGGUUUUUGAAGGGGAGCCAGAGCAUACAAAUGUAUGUUUUUGGUAUAUUCCGCCAAGUCUCAGGGGCAUGCCAGACUGUGAUGAGAGAAGAGAAAAGUUACACAGGGUGGCACCGAAAAUCAAAGCACUGAUGAUGGAGUCAGGUACUACCAUGGUUGGAUAUCAGCCUCAGGGCGAUAAAGUCAACUUCUUCCGAAUGGUCAUCUCAAACCCAGCAGCAACUAAGUCUGACAUUGACUUCCUCAUUGAGGAAAUAGAAAGAUUGGGGCAGGAGCUGUAGUACAGUGGUUGAAUUAUUUAUUUCUCCAAGUCACUGUUUUCCAGCACUGGCUAUUUUUUUAACCCAGUUCUGUAGAACAUGUUUUAAGGAAAUUCUCUAAGUUCUGAUCUCCUAAGACAUUCUUAAACAAAACGACUAUAGGCUACUGAAACAUAUAUGUAUUGGUAGAUCAUAUUACUGAGGGAAAAUGUAUUAUCUUGAAGUUGAAGUACUAUUGACUCUUACAUUGGUCUUGUUUAUUGUAGUCAGCAGGAAAUUAAUAAGUACUAAAAUAGCAAAUUAAGAACUCUGCACAGUAUAUAUGUACAGUAUAAAUAAAUAUAUAUAAUUAUAUAUAUAUAUACAUACAUAUAUAUAUAAAAAGUGGUUAUAAACUUAGAUCUAAGCCACAGCAUGUUUUCCACUUUAAGAGAAUUAACUUUUCCUUCAACAACUAACGAUGUGGAUAAUGUGCUACAAAUUUUUCUGCCAGAUAAAAAUAGACAUAUAGAAACAUUUCUAAAAUGUAGAUUCUUAGGAGCUAAAGAAAAUGUAUAACAGUAUUAAAUCUUAUUGUUGGUGCUUCUCUCACGUACAAAACAGCAAUCUCUAACAGCACCUUUGAGUAAAAUAGUUGUAUUUCCCCUUUAGUGUCACAUCAGGGGAUAAUAGUAGCAGAGUCAUUGUAACAGGUAUAUUAUGGCUGUAUUUUUAGAGGUUAAUUUGUGUAGAUUGUGUAUAUUAUUGUUAAAUGACUUUGUGUAAAAGGAUUUAAAUGUAAUAGUUUUACAGCAAGAUAACUGUUGAAUUGUAGGUAUAUGAAAUAUUUGCUUAUUUAUAUGCAGAGAUUUACCAUGCUGAAGAGUUGUCUUGUAUUUUCUUCCAUUUGUAAUGUAUCCUAUUUAUAUAUUAUUGAAGUUCUAAAUAAUGUUUAUGGUAUUUUAGUGUCUUUGUGAGCCAAAGAAAAAAAUACAAAAAUAUUAGUUGACACUUUGAUUUAAAUCCUAGUGCCCUUAAAAUUAUAACUUACAGAUAAUUUUACUGAAUAUAAGGAAUUCUAACAUUGUGUAUAGACUGUCAAAUGAUGAGAUCCCUUUAAUCUAUUAGAAUUUUCAGUUUUAUUUAUUGUAAUGUCAGACUGUCUGUUCAGUGUUCUGAAUGCUUUUCUAGUGCAUAUUGGUUGCUAACCAAGGCCCCUGUUUUUGAGUUGUAUUUCAGGACUAAUCUCUAUGACCAUUUUAACUAAAUUCU